AUGAAAUCUGAAGAUAAGAGAGAGAAUGCUGAAUUAGAAUAUCGCCUUGCGCAUGCAUGCUAUAUCCUUUCAAACUUUUGCCUCUCCAAGGAGAAUGAGCGUUAUCAUUUGCUUGAAGAAGCAUAUCUGUCGUGUAAAUCGGCAUAUAUACCGGAAUCGAAGAAUGCUGAGAUAUUAAAAUGGUCGGCAAUUAUAACCGGUACACUUGCUGAACUUAAUGAUUUGAGCGAUUUUGAGCGAAUGACUUAUGUGAGGGAAUUUAAGAAAUUUCUGGAUGAAGCACUGACUGGCCCACCGGAUUCAUCAGUUUACCAUAUGCAUGGACGUUUUUGCUAUCGCAUGGCAACAUUGUCGGAGAAGGAAAAAGAAUUUAUAAUAGCUGCGUUUGAUUCACUACCAAUAUGUACCAUUGAUGAGGCCCUUAAUAAUUUCCAUAAAGCAGAGAAAUUGACUUCGGGACAUAUUGACAAUCUUAUACAUCUUGGCAAAUGUUAUAUCGCCAAAGAUGUAGGGAAUUAUUCCGAAGCACAAAAGUACUUGGAGCCCAUACUUAAAAUAACGCCCACUGAUGAAAUAGAUCAAGCGCUGAUCGCUGAAGCACACGAACUUUUAGCCGAUAUUGAGGAAAGCGAUAUUCAGAAUGAGAAUCAGAAAAAUGAGGAGAACGAAAAUUUAGACGAGGUGAAUACUGACGAAACAGAAAUUAGUACCGCAACAAACGGCCAUUCUGAGGAAGAACCGGAUGUUAUCGAUUAA